AUAUGGAUUUGUAAGCAAAGGAGUCUCUUCUACUGAUUCUUAAUGUAAACAUUCACUGACGCGAGUGGGAUGGACCGUGUGGUUACAAUUCCAUAUUAGCCAGUUUACAUUGUUUCGCUUGAAUGUUAUCUACCAGUCAAAAAAUCAUCAGACACACAACUCGGCAUCGUAAAAGAAAUGGUGUUAAUCAGAAACAUUAUAUACGAGAAGAAAGCUAAUCGCCCUUUUGACGCUGGUCACUUCAAGCGGAAAUGUUAGUUCGUAUUUAACGGAUUUCCCGAGUUGGUCAAGGUUUAGUCUAACCGGUGUAGCUCGUGGAUAUUAGACGAAAUGAAAAGUGUGCGUUUGGUAGUGGUGGUGGAGGCGAUGUUGGCAGUUUGGCUGCUGCCGGUGAAUAGUGACCGAAUUUUGGCGAUUUUUCCGUCGCCAGCGAAAAGUCACCAGAUUGUGUUCCGCGCUUUCGUUGACGGACUGUUGGCCAGGGGUCACCAGCUAACUGUGAUGAGUCCGGAUCCGUUCGAGACGGACAAUCCAAACAUUACCCAAAUUGACUGGAGUUAUGGAUACAAAGUGGUUAACGAGAUUGGGGACGUGGCGAAGGUGACCCAGGAAGGGUGGAGUGCGUUUCGAGUGAUUACCAAACUGUUGUCCGUGGCUGAACGAUUGGUUGAGGUGGAACUGGCCCAUCCGGAAGUGCAGGCCAUGAUCCGGAACCCGGUGGAGCAGUUCGAUGCUGUGGUUGUGGAGUACUUCAUGAUGCCACCGUUUCACGCGUUCGCCGAGCUGUACAACGCUCCGUUGAUCGGAAUUACGUCCAUUGAUUCCGUGGCGUACGCGCAUGAUAUCGUUGGAAACGUGGCCAACAUUAUGACCCACCCGGAGAUGAUUCACUCGUUUUCGCGGGAUCUUUGCUUUUGGCAGCGCAUUUUGGCUUUCGCCACCAGGAUCGUUUCGGAUUAUUACAUGUUCCCGAUGUCGUUCAAAAAGAUGGAUGAAAUUAUCGAGUUUAACUUUGGGACAAACAUGAGCAAAUCGAACGAGCUCAUGAACCGGCUUGACUUCCUCAUGACCAACGUUGAGCCUGCGCUGGGAUUCAUCCGACCAACGGUGCCUCAAGCCAUCCAGCUGGGAUUCUUGCACGUGAAGCCUCCAAAUCCCCUCCCGAAGGGUCUUCAGCGGUAUCUGGACUCGUCCGAGCACGGUGUCAUCUACUUUAGCUUUGGAACGCUUAUCCGUACCCAGUCGUUGCACACAGAGAACGUUAGGAUUUUGUUGGAAACGUUCAAAACUCUCAAGUACGACGUUCUGUGGAAGGUUGACGAAAGAAUCGACCUGAGCAAUGCCACCAAUGUGAAGGUAGUACGCUGGGUGCCCCAACAGGAUGUUUUGGUAAAUUCAAACUCUACUAGGUCGACAAAGCUUGACAAAGAAAAAUCCGAGUGUGAAAGUCCAGCAAAAGGAAAUGUUGCGUGCGAUACCCACAUUUGUGUAUCUACGGUCUGA